UGAAAAUUAGCAUAGGGCAGUUAAUAAAUACCUCUGUGUCGCUUCUGAUUUCACCUUCGUCAGUUUUGACAUUACGCAGUAUCAUGCCUGAACCAGCGAAGUCCGCGCCUAAGAAGGGCUCCAAGAAGGCCGUCACGAAGACCGCCGGUAAGGGAGGAAAGAAGCGCAAGAGGUCCAGGAAGGAGAGUUACGCCAUCUACGUCUACAAAGUCCUGAAGCAGGUUCAUCCUGACACCGGUAUCUCUUCCAAGGCGAUGGGCAUCAUGAACUCUUUCGUCAACGACAUCUUCGAGCGCAUCGCCGGUGAGUCGUCUCGUCUCGCUCACUACAACAAGCGCUCCACCAUCACUUCUAGAGAGAUCCAGACCGCCGUGCGUCUGCUGCUGCCCGGAGAGCUGGCCAAACACGCCGUGUCCGAGGGCACAAAAGCAGUCACCAAAUACACCAGCUCCAAGUAGAGAUUUAACCGAGACUCUCAGCGACCCAAAGGUUCUUUUAAGAGCCACC